GAAGUACCGAAAUUUUGUUCUUACUUUUUUUCUUCCAUUUUUCUCCUUUUUUUGCCACAUGCCAAGCUUGUCACCCAACAAUCUGGCGCUGUCAAUCAAAGCUGAUCAAAUUAACUACGUCAAACUUCACUGACUGAGCUUCGCGGCGGGCUACAGUUGUUUUCGAAUGGUAUUUGUUUCUAUUUGGUGCCGGAGAGGAUACCAUAAGAUUCAUGUAGGGAACUAGUCUCUACAACCUUGAAAUUCAACGGCAAGUCAGAAGGUAAUACCGAUAAAAGACGCUAUGCAAGACUCAAGGCAUUCCUAUCUUCCUAGCAUCGUUAUAAUGUUAUUUCUCAUGAGAUUAGGGGCCUCACAGAAUGUAGAUGAGGAUAUUGCCUCAGAAACCAUGCCUGGUCUCAAUGACAAAGAAGCUGGCGACUUUUUAAAGGGGCUUUUGCAGAAGCCAAGUUCCAAAGGAAGUCCUAAAUAUAACAUGUCAUCAGCUGAUGAGUUGAAUGGAGUGGUCAAUGCAAGAUUCAGGAAGGAAAUGGUGGUUUUGUUCUCAAGGCUUUCUGAGACUUACCAAUGUAAAAUACUUUCAGCCAUACAGAAAAAAACACACUGUAGUGUUCCAUCUCUCAUUAAACUUGUUUUCAGCCUAAAGGAGACGAAGCAUCUUAUAAAUGUAAAUGUAAGCUGUACAGUAAAAGGGAAAAUGAAACUGAAUGAAUGCAGCUCUGCUCAUAAAACUUAUGUUGGUAAUGUCUUCAGCCACGAGCUUUUGGAAUUCUUUGCAUCACUUCCAGGAGCUUUUAAAUGCCAUGUCAUCAACACCAUUGCUUUGGCAUACAACAGGCAGCGUAGAAGACAUCUUGCUCUUUCAUUCUCUGUCAGUCAAGCUCAAAAAGCUUUGGAGGAAAUCUUUCCAUCUGUUAUCCAGCAGAACACUUGUAUGGAUACAGAAAUGGAUCUCAUAAUACCUUCAAUUCCUCCAAUCAAUGUUACAGUGAAUAUGGCUGGUGUUAGGAGGGAGUCCUGGCUGAAAUAUUUAAUGCAGAAAGGUCCUGAUAUUUACAAGGCUUUCCUAGGAUAUGAGUGGGAGAUGAGAGGAGGAAGAAUGUUAGGUUCACCAAGCACUGCAAAGUAUUUAGCAGACAAAAAAGAAGAGAUAAACAGCGCUCAGCUUUCCAUUGUUAGGAAAGGUGGUCAUGAUUUCGCCUUUUCAGUAUUGUUUCUAUUGAAAGUGAAGAGGAAGCAAUCCCAGCGAUUACGGGAGAUAAGAUCAACUUACAAGAUUGUACAGGCUUUAGAAACAAAAACUGAGGAUGAACUACGGGAAAUUUUCAAUCCCACCAUCAUUGGCAUCAGUCUAAGUGGACAGAAGUCAAACAUCACCAAAACACCAUCAAAAACCAACACUUGGACAUUGAAUCAAGUUAGCAAAGCAAAGCAUUUGUUUCCAGAUCACUUGUCUGGAUAUUACAAAGAACUGAGUAAAGCAGCCAGGUGUUUUAUUGUACUUUACAUGUCACGUCAAAUCAAGAAGAGUCCGCAAGAGGCUGAAAUGUUUUAUGUCUCAUUAAGACUUAUAUCCAGGAAGCACACGUGUUAUUAUACUUGGAGGAAAGGUCCUACUGAUGAUCCUAUUGGCAUACGACCUGAGCGUUUUACAGCAAGGAUGACACAAGCUCCAGUCUUGAACAGCACUGGAAUACCAACAAAUUCCAGUGUCAGUACUCUUAGUACAAAUACUGUAAAUGAUGUUUCUGCUGCUAAGGUCCAUACAGAAGAUUUCUCUUCCUUGGAAAUUGUGCUUUUUGCACUUUUAGGCUUAUUUUGUUUUUCUGUUUUGGCAUUUACUGUCAACUGUGUAUUACUGGCUUUCAGAGCAAAUGCAAAAUUUCAAAAGAAUCGCGCUACAAAAACUGUGCUUCCAACUGCAACGAGCCAUAAAGAUGGUCGUGGAAAUGGUUCUUCCCAGAUUUCUGAAAAGAAAGAGUGUUCUUGUCUUCCAGUUGCAAUGGAAACUAAAACAGGCCAUGCCAAGAUUUGUAACUGUGUGCAGUGUGUUUCUUUUUCAGCUACACAGAAAGUUGAUGAGAGGUGCAAAGUAACAACUUAUCUCUUUCAAAGCUACCCUUUAGCUCAAAACACCUCAGAAAGUCAAACAAAUCCAAGAACUCACUCAGAAAAUGCAUAUUGUGUGGAUUAUUCACCAAAAUCAAGAACAUUCAAUACAUUAUCAGCUGUAGAAGGAGACAGAAUAAGGAAAGACUCUUCAUCAGAAUCAGAGAGAAACUCCUUGAAGACUGACUGUCUAAGCUCCAAAAGAGAGCUUGAUCUUCUCAGUAAAAAAGACAAUGACAGAAUUUUAGAGUGGCAGGGUAAAGCCAUAAGCUACUGUAGUAUAUCUGAUGGAAGUUGCAGAGGACAGCUACCUUGUGUUUCACAGAGUGGCCGUCUACCAUCAGAACAAUCCCAUGAAACAGUUGUUGUGUUGUUAGAUUAUGGAGGAUUGAAGGAAGUUCAGGUUUGACCCUGGCUGAACUGUCACUACUGGAAUCAUUGCUAUAUUUAAUGAGAUUGUUAAAAUAUAAAUUUAAUUAUUUAAUUAUAAAGUACUUGACUCGUUGAUACAAUUUAGGAAAGCUUCCUGAUCUUUUUAUCCAAUAGACUGUACUCUUUUGAGGGUCAAAUUGGUCCUAAUUUUUUUUUUCACUUCAAUGUGGCGAUAUUUUUCCUCAAUACUUGCACCUUUUGUUUAUUACUAUAAAAUGAAUGGGGUGCAUUUCAUUUACACAAAAAUUUCUCUGUGGUUCCAAAGAUAUAAUUUUAUUGACAAGAAAGAAAGGAAAUAUUUUUUAAAAACUUGUCACUACUUGACUGAAUGGCCUGGCCAAAUUCUUUGUUUGGAAAUCUUUCUCCCAAUCAGGGCCAAGAAAUAGUUAAAUUUAACUUCUAUUACCUUCUUGUAAAGAAACUUCUCAUUGGUCUUCAAAUAUAUUCUUAUGUCCAAUAUA